UUCGAUAUUUCUUUUUUUAUUUUUUUUUUGCUCUCAAAAAUUUUCCUUGGGGGUUUUUAUUUUUAAUUUUUAGUCUUCUUCGGAGAAAUCUGAAUUUCUUCUGAUUGCCGACGAUGGAAGGGAGAGAUGACGGCGGAGGAAAAGUUGUGGGGUUGAUAGAGAAAGCGACAAAAUCAACUGCUCAAGAGGUUGACCCGAGGCUACUCAAGGCCAUCAAAUCUAUUGUUCGGUAUUCUGAUUCGGAGGUCCGUAUCGCUUCGCAAACCCUAAUGGAGCUCAUGAGAGAUAACCACUCUCAGGUUCGAUAUCUGACGCUUUUUAUAAUCGACGAACUUUUCAUGAGAUCAAAGCUCUUUAGAACUCUGAUAAUUGAGAACCUUGACCAGCUUUUGAGUUUAAGUGUUGGUUUUAGAAGCGAUAUGCCUCUCCCUACACCACCGGCCGUUGCCACUAUGUUGCGUUCUAAGGCUGUUGAGUUCUUGGAGAAGUGGAAUUUGUCUUUUGGGUUACAUUACAAGGAGCUUAGGCUUGGUUUUGAUUACCUUAAGAACACCCGCAAGUUGAAGUUCCCUGAUUUGCAGGCAAAUGCUGCACGUGUGCAACGAGAGAGACAUGAGAGGGAGAUGAAGACUAAAGAGAUUUUACGUAACAAGUUUGGUUCUUUGAGGGAUAGUUUUGGACUCUUAAAGCAUGAGAUUGAUGUAACGAUUAAGGAGAUCAAGGAGUGCAUGGAAAUUGUUCUGUGGAGAGGGGAUGAUGGUGUUCCGCUUUCGAUCUUAGAUGAGGAAGAUUUUGAGGAGAUCCGCUGUUCUCAUCUUAGGCAAAUCCGUCUUGAUUCAUUACAGCAAUCAGAGAAGGUUGAAGAAACUAUUGAAAACAGAGUUGUAUUUGAUGUAUUGAGGGAACAGUGCAAGCUUCUAGUGACAAAGCAUCUGAUCUCGGUUCAAGAAGGGAUCUCUCUUCUCAUCAGGGUUGACGUAAGCGAUAACAGAACGAGAGAUUCCAUGCUUAAAGACUUAAUCGAUAUCAGGAAUAAUAUUUUGGCAGCUCAAAAGAAAUGGGAAGAAGCUGGUUUUACAAUUUCAAGUAUGACUAGUACUCACGAGAAUGAAGAAACUAACGAGGAAGAAGAUGAUAUCUGGGAGGAGGAUGAUGGCAAGGUUAAAACUGAUGUUUUCAAGAACGUGGCUCCUGUGACGAUAUGUCAGCAGAGCGAGAAUUCGUCUUUACCAUCAUCAAGUGACACAAAUAGGUCUACAUCAGAAUCUAGGUCCAACAAAGCUUCGACCACUAAAAAAGUUGGAAGCAGUGGAAACUCUCUUAGGGAUAAGCUAAUUUCUGAAGCGCCCGUGAUGAAUUGGGGAUCACAGUUGAGUAAUUGGGACUCAACUGCGGAAGUUCGAGCUAAUUACCGGGGUUUAGAGCUCGAGAGCCACUGGGGCAGGGUGGAUCAAGAUGCUGUAAUUCCAGCAGAGAAAAUAGCAGAACUGAAUCUUCAGGCUACUGUUUAUAGGGAAGAGAGAACAGAGACACCUCCAUGCCGUGCUCCUCUAAAGAAAGGUGGUUUUUGUCAGAGAAGAGAUUUGCGAAUCUGUCCGUUUCACGGACCCAUUGUACCCCGGGAUGAUGAAGGGAACCCCAUAAUCCAGGAAUCUCCAUUAGAUGAGAGUGAAAACCAAACUUCCUCAACUACAGAGAUCAACCAGGAUGUGCCUAUAGAUGUAACAGCUUCAGACUCUGACCCUAAUCAGUUAGCUAGGCAAAUAGCGAAACAGGCUCUAAGGAAUAUAAGGGAGAAAGACAAAGAAGUGAUGAGGAAAAGAGCAAAGGUUGUUAAGGUGAAGGUUAAAGAACAUAAUCAAGAAGUUCUGCGUGAUGCUGCUAUAGCCUCAACUUCCAGAUCAAAUGCUAUCGAUGAAGAGUUUGAUAGAGUUUUUGCUGCAAGAAAAAACAAGAAACAAACCUUUUCCUCGAUGCGGCAUAAGAAAACAACUGCUAAAGAUAGAAUAUCCCAGAGACUGUUUAGUAAUCGGGUAAAAGGUGGUUCUAAACCACAACAGUUGGCUCAGGGCAAUGAUGAGAAGUGCCGGGAAACAUCUGCUAACCAGUGGUAACAAAAGAACUACAAUCUUUCUAGUUUUGAUUCAGAAAGGCCUUAAAAUUUGAUUGUUUGAUGCAAUUGCAAAUAGGAGUGAGAAGAUAACGAAUAUUGGAUGAGUAGCCAAAUUCUGUAGUUUGUCUCUUUUAGCUGUGAAAACUAUGUAGAAAAAGUUAUCAAGUCUCAGAUUCUGUGGAGGUUUUUCUUAUUUUUCUCAGACAAAACACAAGAGAAAGAAUAAUACAGUGACAUGUUGUGUUAAAAAGUAAUGACAGAUCAUGAGAGCUGGAUGGAUCGUUGUUGUUCGCUUUUUCCUUU